AUGGUGCACGCAGAUGCAGCAGCGCUGCCGUCCUACGUCGUGUCCAAGACCGACUUCUACGACCACCUCGAGUCCUCGCUCCUCUCGCUCAUCGAGCCGUCUACAGACUGGGUCAGUGCGCUCUCGAAUGCAGCCUCGGUGAUCUUCAACUCGAUGAACCGCUUCCCGCUCUGGCACGAGAAGCGCGUCAACUGGGCAGGCUUCUACAUGCUCUCGCCGCUGCUGCCCUCGGAGCUGGUGGCUCGCAAGCCGCGCGCCAAGCCCACGCUGCUGCUGGGACCGUUCAACGGGCUGCCAGCGUGCCAGCUGAUUUAUUCCGUGCCGGGAAGGGGCGUGUGUGCAGAUGCGUCGAGCUUGCUGCCCCCGCGCGUGGUCAGGGUCGCAGAUACCGAGGCGUACCCGGGCCAUAUCGCGUGCGACUCGCUGAGCAAAUCCGAAAUCGUCGUUCCGCUCGUCAUCCCCCGCAACAGGCUGCCACAGGUCCACCGCGAUGCCCUCGACCAGCAGUCCCCGCUCCAGGGCCACCCCACCGAACAGCCAGACAAGUCCUGGUCAGGCAGAGGCUCCAGCGAACACAUCAUCAUCGGUGUGCUCGAUAUCGACUGCGAGUCGUUCAACGGCUUCGACGACGAGGACGAACACAGGCUCCAGAGGAUCGCAAACUUGAUCGUCGAGCGUUCCGCCUGGUAA